UAUAAUCAUUUGUAUUGGAUUUUCUAAUUUAUUUUGGGACCAGAACCCAAAAGCCAGAGAAGAGAAAAUUCUCAUAGUACUGUUAGAAGUUAUCUUUAGGAACAAGAUAAAAGGAAGUUGUUGUUGGGCUUUUAAUAUCAAAUGUGAAAGUUGAUUAAUUUAUUUGAGAAAAUGGGUUUUUCCCCUUAUGGGUUUCUUGAUUUCUCUUCAGAAAAAGAUCAUCUUUUGGUUUUUGAAAUACCCAUUUGGUUAUUUUUUGGGGUUUUGACUUUGAUUACGGAAUUAGAACUGUAGUUAAAAUACGGACAACAAGAGAAAAAGGGCGAUGUUUGAUUUUUAUACGAACACAAUUCUUUUCUUUUAUUUUUGAGGGUGAGGGGAUUUUAAUUAGAGACAGAAAGAUGUGUCCCUUCGGGUUUUAUUUGAGAUUUCAUUAUUAGUAUCUAUUCUUCCAUUAGGGUUCCUUCACUUUACUAUUCGAUUUUUGUUGUUUGGGUUGCUUCGGUUUCUGUUCUUGGGAUUUUCACAGCAUCAACGUCUCUUUCGGUAAAUUUUGCUCAUUUGGGUUGGUAGUUCCCUUGCUAAUCUCUUCUGGGUCGGUGACUGGUGUUCGAUUUGAGUCCUUACUCGGGAUUUUAGGGAUUUUGAAGUUGUUUGGGAUGCAGUGAAGUUCGUGAAUUUUUUGUUUGAUUUUUGGUCAUCCACAGCCGGAUUCUCUGGAUUUGGAGCCGCAGGGAUUUUUUGAUUAGCAGAUUUGCAGAGAGUUUUAGGGUUGUGAUUUAGAUUUCAAAGUUGUAUUUUGGGUUUUUGAUUGUUCUGAGGAAGCAUUGGUGCCAAUACUGGUAGCAAGCUUGGAUUUUUUAGCAAAGUAUAGAGCACAUACCUGUUGAGUUUGGCAUGUGGAUAUGAUGUUUCAUACUCAAGGGUCUUCAAGGAAUCAUUGCAGUCUCCUUGCAGUCCUGUGUGGUAAAGUUUCUGAGAAUAAGCAGAAGCAGGUGGUGGGUGAUGAGAGGCCCAAUUACCCGUUUCCAGAGCUUGUUUCAUUGGGGCGUCUUGAGAUUCAGGUUCUGAACAAACCUAGCUGUGAUGAGUUCAGCCGGAUUCUUGAAUCAUUGGCCCCAAAUAUGGUUUAUUUGCAAGGGCAGCAUACAGAUAGUGAAGAAAUUGGAUCUCUGGUGUGGGGAGAUACUGAUUUGUCCGCUUCAGAAGCUUUAUCUGAACUCUUUGGCUCCACAUUGCCAACAACAGUUUACUUAGAGAUUCCAAACGGUGAUGAAUUGGCAGAGAUGCUUCAUUCUAAGGGGGUUCCAUAUGUUAUAUAUUGGAAUGGUAUAUUUUCAUGUUAUGAAGCUUGCCAUUUUCGCCAAGCACUAUUAUCAGUAAUACAAAGUUCAUGCAGCCAUACAUGGGAUGCAUUCCAAUUUGCUCAUGCUUCCUUUAGACUGUACUGUGUGAGGAACAACAGUGUCCUGCCUUCUAAUAGCCAGAAGCAAAGUGUUAAGCCAGGGCCACACCUGCUUGGAGACCUUCCCAAGAUCGAUAUUUCUAUGCCAGAGGUAGAUAUGCAGGGUGAGGAAGAAGAGCCUCCUGAAAGUGUUCCUGCUGUAAAGAUAUUUGAUGAUGAUGUGAACAUGAGGUUUCUUGUUUGUGGAUUACCAUGCAUUGUGGAUGAGGAGUUAUUGAGACCUUUGGAGGAUGGCCUUAAUGCCCUCUUGAGCAUAGAAGUACGUGGGAGUAAACUCCACAACCGAGCAAGUGCUCCGCCACCACCACUUCAGGCAGGGACAUUUUCUCGUGGUGUGGUAACCAUGCGAUGUGACUUUUCCACUUGUAGUUCUGCUCAUGUAUCACUUUUAGUGUCUGGUAGUGCACAGACUUGCUUUAAUGAUCAGCUUUUGGAAAAUCAUAUUAAAAACGAGCUUAUAGAGAAUAGUCAGCUAGUCCAUGCACAAUCCAGCUCUGAGGAAAGCAAAUUGUCGUCAUCUGAGCCCCGUAAAUCAGCCUCAAUUGCUUGCGGUGCAAGUGUGUUUGAAGUUUGCUUGAAGGUUCCCACAUGGGCCUCACAGGUUCUGAGGCAACUGGCACCAGAUGUAUCCUACCGUAGCUUAGUUAUGCUGGGAAUUGCUAGCAUUCAAGGCCUGUCUGUUGCUUCCUUUGAAAAAGAUGAUGCCGAACGUUUGCUUUUCUUUUGCACGAGUCAGAGCAAAGAUCUCCUUCAGUAUGAUUCUGUUGUUACAAGAAUUCCUAGCUGGUUGAUAUCUCCUGUACCUAGUCGUAAAAGAUCAGAACCAUGUAAAGAUGCCAAACCUCUAGCCUGUAGUGGCUUAGAAGGUGAAAAUGGAAACCAUUAUAGGCAGAAGCUGAAUGUAGCUGCAAUGAGGCCAAUUCCGCACACACGGCGUCAUAAGAUGCUGCCCUUUUCUGGAUUUUCUGAGCCUGAGAAAUAUGAUGGUGACCAAGUGAAGGUUAACUUACCCAUGGUUCCUGUGAAGCCACCUGCUCCAGUCACACAUCGUAAGGCAUUGUCUAGUUCUUAUCAGGCUCAGCAGAUUAUUUCUCUAAACCCAUUACCUCUGAAGAAACAUGGUUGUGGUAGAGCUCCAAUACAAGUUUGCUCUGAGGAUGACUUUUUGAGGGAUGUGAUGCAGUUUUUGAUCCUCCGUGGACAUACUCGUCUGGUCCCUCAAGGUGGGCUAGCUGAGUUUCCUGAUGCAAUUCUGAAUGCAAAACGUCUUGACCUUUUCAACUUGUAUAGGGAGGUUGUUUCAAGAGGAGGCUUUCAUGUUGGGAAUGGCAUCAAUUGGAAAGGACAAGUUUUCUCAAAGAUGCGCAAUCAUACAUUGACAAAUCGAAUGACUGGAGUGGGCAACACGCUAAAGAGACAUUAUGAAACUUACCUGUUAGAGUAUGAAUUGGCUCAUGAUGACGUAGAUGGAGAAUGCUGUUUGUUGUGUCACAGUAGUGCCGCAGGUGAUUGGGUAAAUUGCGGAAUUUGUGGUGAGUGGGCUCACUUUGGCUGUGAUAGGCGGCAAGGGCUUGGUGCUUUUAAGGACUAUGCAAAAACGGAUGGGCUAGAGUACAUUUGCCCGCACUGCAGCGUCUCAAACUUCAAGAAGAAAUCCCAGAGAACUGCAAAUGGAUAUUGACAAGUUUUAACCCAGAUUUUAGAUUGCCCAUAAUUAGCUCUUUCGAUUCUUCUUUUCUUUCCCAAUAGAAUGCACAAGAGAAGGCACGAAGUUAGGAUGUAAUUAUUGUAUUUGUAUCCCCAAUCCCCCCAUUGUUGUUUUCAUAUUUAAAUCAUGCCAAAUUAAGCAAUCCACCCCCAAUUUUUCCCAAUAUUUUGUACUCAGGAGAACAGAUCUCAAAGGAAGAGUAACUGUAGAAUAUAUCAUAUUUUACCUUAUUGAUGAAUUUAAUUAGGUAG